UUCACGUCACGUGAGUGACACCGAUAAAUCAGAACUUAACAAACAAACAACCUUAAGCCUGAUGCCUGAACCCGACAUCGUUAAUCAUCAUCGUCCAUGGUUAUGAACAAGAACAUGAACAUGAACCUGCUUUUCUUUCUUGUCCUCUUUGCUUCCACAAUUUCCCCUUCUUUUGCCAAGGGUUCCUUGCAAAAAACCCUUGUUGCUUCAGAAGUCAAUAAAUGUAGCAAUGCAAGCCUUGCAAGGCGUUUGUUAGAGGAUGAGUCUCGGGCUCAGACAAGUGUUGAUUUGGCACAAGGAUAUAUGUCUAAUGCCGACCUUGAAUUGGCAAUCAAAGAAUUUGGACAGAGAUGCAGCAACAUUUCUAGGAUAUACAGUAUUGGGAAGAGUGUAAAUGGAGUUCCACUGUGGGCAAUAGAGAUUUCUGACAAGCCAGGUGAUGAAGAAACUAAACCUGCAUUUAAGUAUAUUGGAAAUGUGCAUGGUGAUGAACCUGUGGGACGUGAGCUUCUUAUAUUUUUGGCCAAUUGGUUAUGUGAUAACCAUUUGAAAGAUCCUUUGGCGACAUUGAUUGUGGAAAAUGUUCACCUUCAUUUACUUCCAUCAAUGAACCCUGAUGGAUUUAGUUUAAGAAAGCGUGGUAAUGCUAAUAAUAUUGAUCUGAAUCGGGAUUUUCCUGAUCAGUUCUUUUUUAUAAAUGAUGACGAGGAUUCCCGGCAACCUGAAACAAGAGCAAUAAUGAAUUGGUUGAGAGAUAUACGAUUCACAGCAUCUGCCACUUUGCAUGGGGGUGCACUUGUUGCAAAUUAUCCAUGGGAUGGUUCCGAAGAUAAAAGGACAAAGUACUAUGGGUGUCCUGAUGAUGAUGCAUUUCGAUUCAUGGCAAGUAUCUAUAGUCACUCUCAUUACAAUAUGUCUUCAAGCAAGGAAUUUCUCGGUGGAAUUACAAAUGGAGCAGCAUGGUACCCUCUAUAUGGGGGAAUGCAAGAUUGGAACUAUAUUCAUGCUGGCUGUUUUGAGUUGACCUUGGAAAUUAGUGAUGAUAAAUGGCCUAGUGCUGCUGAGCUUCCUAUUCUUUGGAGAUACAACAAAAUGAGCAUGCUUAAUCUUGUGGCAAGCCUGGUGAAGACAGGAGUGCAUGGAAGAAUAUAUUCUUCAGGCGAUGGAAGGCCAUUACCAGGAUCUAUAACUGUCGGUGGAAUAAAUUACUCGGUUAGAGCUGGAAAAACUUUUGGUGACUAUCAUCGCCUACUUGCCCCAAGAGAUAAAUAUCAAGUUGUGGCAACAAUGCCUGGCUACAAAUCAAAGAAUACAACUAUUUGGUUGGAUGAAGGGCCUGUGACGUUGGAUUUUGUUCUUGACCCUGAAGUAAGCCACAAAUGGAGUGUACUACAAAAUGUCUAUGAUUGCAACUGCAAACAAGAAUUUGUUCAGUUUCUUGGGGGAGCUCACUUGGAAGUUUACUUUGUUUUGAUUGUUGUUUUAGGAUUUUUAUUUUUAUUAUUUCAGAGGAGAGCAAAAGUUAAAUGCUCACCAAGCAGACAGUUAACGGGGCCAAAAAGAACUGUUGAGGUUUGAGGCUAUUGAUGCGUUGUUUGUAUUAAAUUUUGUUGUAUAUUAAGGAGGGUAAAGAAAUUAAACCUUUUUCCAUGUAAAGAUUUCUGCAGAUGGCUAGCGUAAAUUCAAUUUACGAAUGUUUUUGUUUGAAGAAAUUAAAAUAUGAAUAUUUCUGCA